AUAGCUGUUGUGCUCAGUGCUCACACACCCACUAGUGACUAGUCCACUACCAAUUUUGUCUCUUAAACAAGCUCCAUCCUCUAUUCUCUACUCCAUAAUUGAUCCUUUAGAAACUUCUAACAUAAAAAAAGAUUUCCCAUAUACUUCUCAGAGAGAGUCAUGCAUCCUAUAAAAUUUUCUCUUGCAAAAGUCUUUUUCUAUCCUUAACCACAAUUUUACUCUAUAAAAUUCUAUGUAGAAGGCUCAGCUUCUUGUUUCUCUCCCAUUUUGGAAGAGACAUUCCAGGUAAGGAUGGUGACCCCUUUUCAUGCAAUAAUGGUUUAUUGAUCAUCAAAGUUCUGAUAUCAUCCACCUCCUCCACCUAGCUGCCAUUCCAAUGAUUCUUGUUUCUCUUCUGAACUGACAACUUUGUCCCUUAACUUUGUCCUAAUGGCCAAGGGUACCCGUCUCUUUCACUUUUUCCAGUUCUUGGCAAUGCUGUUAUUCACUUCCUACUCUAUUUUCCUGCCUUGCGUGUCUCUAACCUUGGAAAGCCAAGCUCUUCUUCAGUUCAAGAACCAUUUAAAGGAACCCUUGAAUUCUUUGGGUACGUGGAAUGAAUCAGACUCUCCAUGUGAGUUCUAUGGAAUUACAUGUGAUCCAGUUUCUGGGAAAGUCACAGAAAUGUCACUGGACAAUAAGUCCCUCUCUGGUGACAUAUCUCCAUCACUAUCAGUUCUGCAGAGCCUGCAAGUUCUGUCAAUACCAUCCAAUUUAAUUUCUGGAAAGCUUCCAUCAGAAAUAAGUACUUGUACCAACCUCAGAGUCUUGAAUCUAACAGGAAAUCUGUUGGUUGGACCAAUCCCAGACUUGUCUGGACUGAGAAACCUGCAGGUUCUUGACCUUUCAGCAAACUACUUUAGUGGCAGCAUCCCCAGCUGGUUGGGGAAUCUAACUGGACUGGUUUCACUGGGUCUUGGGGAAAAUGAAUACACUGAGGGUGAGAUUCCAGAGACACUUGGAAAUCUGAAGAACUUGACCUGGCUCUAUCUCGGUGGUUCCCAUUUGAUAGGAGAGAUUCCAGAAUCAAUAUAUGAAAUGAAGGCAUUGGAGACGCUGGAUAUUUCAAGAAACAAGAUCUCUGGCAAAAUAUCCAGAUCAAUUUCCAAGUUAGAAAACCUUUACAAGAUUGAGCUCUUCGCAAAUAAUUUGACAGGAGAAGUCCCAGCUGAGCUUGCAAACCUCACCAAUCUGCAGGAGAUUGAUCUUUCUGCAAACAGCAUGUAUGGUAGGUUGCCAGAAGAAAUAGGUAAUAUGAAGAAAUUGGUUGUUUUUCAACUAUAUGAAAACAGCUUUUCUGGAGAACUUCCUUCUGGAUUUGGGGAUAUGCAACAUCUCAUUGGGUUCUCAAUAUACGGAAACAGCUUCACUGGGAUGAUUCCAGAAAAUUUUGGCCGAUUUUCGCCACUUGAAAGUAUUGACAUAUCUGAGAAUCAAUUUUCAGGUGAUUUCCCAAAGUUCUUGUGUGAAAGCAGGAAGUUGAGACUUUUGCUUGCAUUGCAAAACAACUUCUCUGGAAAUUUUCCCAAGUCUUAUGUUGCAUGCAAAUCUCUAGAGAGAUUUAGGAUCAGUAGGAACCACUUAUCUGGGAAAAUUCCAGAUGAUGUUUGGGCACUUCCAUAUGUAAACAUAAUUGAUUUGGCUUAUAAUGAUUUCACUGGCGAGGUAUCUUCAGAAAUUGGGUUUUCUACUAGCUUAAGUCAGUUAUUUUUGUCAAAGAACAGGUUUUCAGGUAAACUCCCAUCAGAUCUUGGCAAGCUUCUGAGCUUGGAGAAGCUUUACUUGAGCUACAAUAAUUUCUCAGGUGAAAUACCACCUGAAAUGGGAUCUCUGAAGCAGUUAUCCUCUUUGCACCUAGAAGAGAAUUCAUUAACUGGAUCAAUACCAGCUGAACUGGGUCACUGUGCAAUGCUUGUGGACUUGAAUCUUGCUUGGAAUUCUCUAUCUGGAAAUAUCCCCCAGUCAGUUUCACUUAUGAGCUCAUUAAACUCUCUCAAUAUAUCUGGAAACAAACUUACAGGUUCUAUUCCAGAUAAUUUAGAAACAAUGAAACUAAGCUCGGUGGAUUUUUCUGAAAACCAAUUUUCUGGAAGAAUUCCAUCUGGUCUUUUUAUCAUUGGUGGAGAGAAAGCUUUUCUUGGCAACAAGGGACUGUGUGUUGAGGAAAACUUAAAACCUUCCAUGAAUUCUGAUUUGAAGAUUUGUGCCAAAAAUAAUGGUCAGACAAGGGUCUUUUCUGAUACAUUUAUCUUCCUCCUUUUCAUUGCUUCUAUCAUUGUUGUUAUUUUAGCUGGGUUCCUGCUUUUGAGAUGUAGAAGCAUCAAGCAUGGUGCGGAAAAAAACUUACAAGGUCAAAAGGAAGCAAGUCAAAGAUGGAAACUUGCAUCUUUCCACCAAGUAGAUAUUGAUGCGGAUGAAAUAUGUAAUUUGGAUGAAGAUAAUUUGAUAGGGAGUGGUAGUACAGGAAAGGUUUAUCGAGUGGAGUUGAGGAAAAACAGUGCCAUUGUGGCUGUAAAGCAACUAGGGAAAGUAGAUGGUGUGAAGAUUUUAGCUGCAGAGAUGGAGAUUUUGGGGAAAAUUAGGCAUAGAAAUAUACUUAAACUUUAUGCUUGUUUACUUAAAGGAGGAUCCAACCUUUUAGUGUUCGAGUAUAUGCCAAAUGGUAAUCUUUUUCAAGUUCUUCACAGACAGAUAAAAGAUGGGAAGCCUGAAUUGGAUUGGAACCAGAGGUAUAAAAUUGCUCUGGGAGCUGCAAAAGGAAUUGCCUAUUUACACCAUGACUGUUCUCCACCUGUUAUUCACAGGGAUAUAAAAUCCAGCAACAUUUUGCUUGAUGAGGAUUAUGAGCCAAAAAUUGCUGAUUUUGGCAUUGCAAGGUUUGCAGAAAAAUCUAAUAAUCAGUUGAGUUAUAGCUGUCUAGCUGGCACAUAUGGUUAUAUUGCUCCAGAACUCGCUUAUACAAUUAACAUCAAUGAAAAGAGUGAUGUUUAUAGCUUUGGAGUGGUGCUAUUAGAAUUAGUGUCUGGCAGAGAACCCAUUGAAGAGGAUUAUGGAGAAGCGAAGGAUAUUGUUUAUUGGGCUUUGACUCAUCUCAAUGAUCGUGAAACUGUUCUCAACAUUCUUGAUGAUAGAGUGGCAUCGGAGCAUGCUGAAGAUAUGAUAAAAGUCUUGAAGAUUGCUAUCAAGUGUACCACUAAACUUCCAUCUUUGCGCCCUACCAUGAGGGAGGUUGUCAAAAUGCUUUUUGGUGCUGAACCUUUCACAUUGAAAUCUACAUACUGCCAUCUUGACAAAGAUGCAAAGGUUUUUCUGUAGUGGUUUUCUUUUCAAUGCUAAUGUAAAUCCUUGCAAGCUCCAUUGAAUUAUAUUUCCCAGUUGAUAAGCACUUUUGUCACCUAAU